AGCCUCACAGCUUGAGGAUAGGUGCUAUCAUUGAACCUGGUGGUCAGUCUUUAGUCACUGGCUGUUUAGCCUCACAGCUUGGGGAUAGGUGCUAUCAUUGAACCUGGUGGUCAGUCUUUAGGCUGCUGUACAGAUUGACGGACUGUAGAGGAUUGAACAUUUAUCCUUCUAUAUUUGGGGUUCUGAGAAUAAAACAGCUUCAGAACAAUCAAUGUAGAAAUAUGUGUUUACAGUUCAAUAAGUGAUUGUUGUUGUUGUUGUUUACAAUGAUGAUGAUGACUACUGUAUAUAUUAGGAAUUUAUUUUUGCAUCAUGUCAGUUUAAGUAGACAGACGUAGACAGACAUGCAACACAUCACACACAUUACAUACAUACAUAGUGCAGUAGACUUACAGACAGACAGUAUUCACAUAGACAACCAUUUAGCACAAUACAACACAACACAAUAUGAGCCUGGUUCAUUUUCAGUAAUGAGGCCCUGUACCCCAUUUACAGUUUCUACUUCAAUGUAUCAGGUGGAGUUAUUCACCAGCUAUAGAGUGAGUUGUUGUUUAUGUUUCUAAGACUGCAGGGUGGGAGAUGCAACAAUGGCCUUGAGAACAGCAGGAAGUGUGUUGGUGGUCUUUCUCUGGUCUGUGACAGUGGUACUGGGUCAGGAUGGCUGGAGUGUUACAUACACCACUCAGAGUAUCUGUACCUUGAAGGGGUCAUCAGUGGAUCUGUUCUGCUCUUACACAUAUCCCAGAGGUAAAGUCACAACAACCUUCUGGUUCACUAAAAUGGAGGCUGGUAUAGAACCUGAAGAUCUAGGUCAGGACCCAGAGUAUGCAGAUCGUCUGGAGUAUCACGGAGAUAAGAAGAAAGACUGUACCCUGAAAAUCACAGACCUGAGAGAGAGAGACUCAGCUACGUACAAGUUCAGAUUAUUAACAGAUCAGGAAGGAGGGAAAUAUUCUGGAAGUCCUGGAGUCACUCUUUCUGUUACAGGUCUUCAGGUGAAGGUGAAUGGUGGACAUCAGGAUAAGACACUGACCUGUAGCACCACCUGUACUCUGACUGACAACCCCACCUACAUCUGGUACAAGAACGGACAACAUCUAGAUGAGAGCACCUCCCCCCAGUACAAAUACUCAGUCUCCAGGAACUAUGAUGACACUUAUUCCUGUGCUGUAAAAGGCCAUGAGGACCUCCACUCUCCUGCAGUGUGUGUUCAGGGUCAGAGCUGCAACAGAGUGACUUACACCAAGAGGAGAAUCUGUGUCUUGAAGGGGUCAACAGUGGACAUAUCCUGUACUUAUGUUGGUUAUUAUUCCACCACAUCAUCAUUCUGGUUUAGAAGUGAUAAGUCGACCCCUGAAGACCUAACCAGAGACCCAGGGUAUGCAAGUCGAGUGGAGUACACUGGAACAUACGGAGUUCCCUUCACCCUGAGAAUCUCAAAUCUGAGAGAGGACGACUCAGCUGAGUAUCGCUUCACUUUUAAAACAAACAACUUUGACUGGGGUCAUAGUUUCCCAGGAACAACUCUGUUUGUCACAGGUCUGCAGGUGAAGGUGACUCCUGCUGCAGUGGGACAGAAGACACUGACCUGUAGCACCACCUGUACUCUGACUGACAACCCCACCUACAUCUGGUACAAGAACGGACAACAUCUAGAUGAGAGCACCUCCCCCCAGUACAAAGACCCAGUCUCCAGUAACUAUGAAGACAGUUACUCCUGUGCUGUAAAAGGCCAUGAGGAUCUCCACUCUCCUGCAGUUUGUGUUCAGGGUCAGAGCUGCAACAGAGUGACUUACACCAAGAGGAGAAUCUGUGUCUUGAAGGAGUCAACAGUGGACAUAUCCUGUACUUAUGUUGGUUAUUAUUCCACCACAUCAUCAUUCUGGUUUAGAAGUGAUAAGUCGACCCCUGAAGACCUAACCACAAACCCAGGGUAUGCAGGUCGUGUGGAGUACACUGGAACAUACAGAGGUCCCUUCACCCUGAGAAUCACAGAUCUGAGAGAGGAGGACUCAGCUGGGUAUCGCUUCACUUUUAAAGCAGACAACUUUGACUGGGGUCAUAGUUUCCCAGGAACAACUCUGUCUGUCACAGGUCUGCAGGUGAAGGUGACUCCUGCUGCAGAGGGACAGAAUACACUGACCUGUAGCACCACCUGUACUCUGACUGACAACCCCACCUACAUCUGGUACAAGAACGGACAACAUCUAGAUGAGAGCACCUCCCCCCAGUACAAAGACCCAGUCUCCAGUAACUAUGAAGACAGUUACUCCUGUGCUGUAAAAGGCCAUGAGGAUCUCCACUCUCCUGCAGUUUGUGUUCAGGGUCAGAGCUGCAACAGAGUGACUUACACCAAGAGGAGAAUCUGUGUCUUGAAGGAGUCAACAGUGGACAUAUCCUGUAUUUAUGUUGGUUAUUAUUCCACCACAUCAUCAUUCUGGUUUAGAAGUGAUAAGUCGACCCCUGAAGACCUAACCACAGACCCAGGGUAUGCAGGUCGUGUGGAGUACACUGGAACAUACAGAGGUCCCUUCACCCUGAGAAUCACAGAUCUGAGAGAGGAGGACUCAGCUGAGUAUCGCUUCACUUUUAAAACAGACAACUUUGAAUGGGGUCAUAGUUUCCCAGGAACAACUCUGUCUGUCACAGGUCUGCAGGUGAAGGUGACUCCUGCUGCAGAGGGACAGAAGACACUGACCUGUAGCACCACCUGUACUCUGACUGACAACCCCACCUACAUCUGGUACAAGAACGGACAACGUCUAGAUGAGCCCACUUCCCAACAAUACUCUAGUAAUAUCCUAGUAGUGUUGGGUCAUUCUGCGGACAGUUACUCCUGUGCUGUAGAACACCAUGAGGACCUCCACUCUCCUGCAGUGUAUGGACCAAAGAACACCUCAGUGUCAGUCAGUCCCUCUGGUGAAAUAGUGGAGGGCAGUUCAGUGACUCUGACCUGCAGCAGUGAUUCCAACCCACCUGUGGACAAAUACACCUGGUACAAGAAGAAUGGAGGUCACUAUCAGUUCUCCAAUGUGAACACAGGACCACAUCUUGUCUUCAAUCUUAUCAAGUCAUCUGACACUGGAGAGUACUACUGUGAGGCCUGGAAUGGGAUUAAAAUGGGGAAGUCUGAGUCAAUCAACAUCAAUGUGAAAUACGCUCCAAAGAACACCUCAGUGUCAGUCAGUCCCUCUGGUGAAAUAGUGGAGGGCAGUUCAGUGACUCUGACCUGCAGCAGUGAUGCCAACCCACCUGUGGACAAAUACACCUGGUACAAGAAGAACUUAGCCUCACCAAGAGCAUCAGGACAGAGUUACAGCAUCACUAACAUCAUCUCUGAGGACAGAGGAGAAUAUUACUGUGAGACUGAGAAUAAAUAUGGACGUCUCAACUCUUCUUCUGUGUCUGUGGACGUUCAGUACGGCCCAAAGAACACCUCAGUGUCAGUCAGUCCCUCUGGUGAAAUAGUGGAGGGCAGUUCAGUGACUCUGACCUGCAGCAGUGAUGCCAACCCACCUGUGGACAAAUACACCUGGUACAAGAAGAACGUAACCUCACCAAAAGCAUCAGGACAGAGUUACAGCAUCACUAACAUCAUCUCUGAGGACAGAGGAGAAUAUUACUGUGAGGCCCAGAAUGGAAGAGGAUCUAUGAACUCUACAGCUCUGAUGAUCAUUGUAGCAGGGAAACAAAUAUCAGUUCUGACUGCAGCUGUAGGAAUCAUUGUUGUUGUUCUGGUUCUCAUCCUCUGUCUCUCUGGACUCAUGUGGUUCAGGAAGAAGAACUCCACAUCCACCUCCAACACAAGAGACACAGCAGAUGAUGGACAGGGAGACUCUAGUCCAGUGUAUGACAAUGUCUCAAACAUGGCCAUGACCCCUACUGCAGCACAGACAGAGUCCACAUACGACCAGGAUGAUGUUCACUACGCCAGCGUCCACUUCUCUCACUCCAAAAAACAGGAAGUGCCUCUGUACUCCACCGUCCAAGUGCCUCAGCCCCAGAAACAGGAUGAGGAUGUCCAGUACGCUGCUGUGAAAUUCAACCUCCCCUGUGCUGCCACCCGACCAGCAGCAGCACAAGCAGCUGAGGUGGAUGCCUCUGAGAUCUACAGUACAGUCAACAAACCCAGAACCAAGAAGACUUGAACAUAACAAACCCAGAACCAAGAAGACCUGAACACAAAGGCCCAGAACCACAAACCCAGAACCAGGAAGAACUGAACACAACAAACCCAGAACCAAGAAGACCUGAACACAACAAACCCAGAACCAA